AGCAAAACAGGAAUAUGCACGGCACUCGUCGACCAAUCCGCGAGAUACGGCAGUUAGUUUGAUUCGUGUCCUUCUUCUGCCCCAAGCUCGGGGAACCCUAAACACAGACGACGAAGGCGAAGCCCUCGAUCGAACGGCUGGAGACCAUCGGUCCGCGAGAUUCGUAGCCGGAAAAAUGUGGAAGAACUCGGGUUACUCGAAAUCCGAGGACUUGGAGUCCGGCGCCGCACAGCCGCUCUACCCGGGAAUGCUCGAGAGCCCCGAUCUCCGCUGGGCCUUCAUCAGGAAGAUCUACUUCAUUCUCUCUGUCCAACUGGCCUUGACGGUGGUUGUCGCCUCGGUCGUCAUCGCUGUCCGCCCCAUCUCCCAGUUCAUCGUCUCGUCGAGCCCCGGAUUGGCAAUUUAUAUGUUGAGCUUCAUCCUUCCAUUAAUCGCGCUGUGCUUUCUUUCUCACUAUUAUCAGCGGCACCCUGUGAAUCUACUUCUCCUCGGAUUGUUUACGGUAUCAAUCAGUUUCGCCGUUGGACUGACCUGUGCAUUCACGAGCGGAAAGAUCAUUUUGGAAGCAGCUAUUCUCACUGCAGUGGUGGUUGUUAGUCUCACUGUGUACACAUUCUGGGCAGCACGCAGAGGCCAUGACUUCAGUUUUCUAGGCCCUUUCCUCUUUUCUGCUUUCAUGGGGAUGAUGGUGUUCGCAUCGAUCCAGAUUCUAUGUCCACUGGGAAAGACUUCAGUGAUGAUAUAUGGAGUAGCGUCUGCAAUUAUGUACGCCGGCUACCUCGUCUACGAAACAGACAACUUGAUCAAGAGAUACUCUUAUGAUGAGUACAUUUGGGCCGCUGUUGCUCUCUAUCUUGACAUCAUAAACCUGUUUCUUAGUCUGCUUUCCAUUCUAAGGGAUGCUGACAAUUGAAUCAUGCAUUGUGAAUAGCAUUAUAUUUUUUUUUCACACUAAUAAACUACACAACAUAGGUGCUCCUUUUGAUUUGUUUGAAAAAUGCCUUAAUCAAACUUGUAAACAAUUAUCAUUUAUUUAGCCAGAUUAUCAUGGUUUAUGAUGUU